GUUUGCCCGUCUUGAAGCAUGUGCUGACACCGCGUGUGAAGGCCACUCAUCUAGCAAUUGACACCAUGCAGGACUACCUGGAUGCCGUUUAUGAUGUUACUGUUGCAUAUGAAGCAACUACCACGCCAAGCGGACAACGAAAAGAAGCGCCAUCGAUGACCGAAUUUCUGUGUAAGGAUUGUCCGAGAAUUCAUAUAGCUGUGGAGCGUAUCGGUGUGAAGGAUAUACCCAAGGAGCAGACAUUUAUGAGAAGGUGGCUACAUGAGCGGUUUGAAAUUAAAGACAGGUUAUUGACGGAGUUCUAUGAGGCCACAGAUCCUGAAAAACGCAAUAAGUUUCCUGGUGAAGGUCAUACUGCCAAACUCAGCUUGAUGAAGACUGUGCCAUCUUUGUUACUGUUAACUGGUGUAACUGCUGGCAUGUUGUGUACAGAAACUGGAAGAAAAUUUUAUGUCAACACAUGGAUUUAUGGAACUUUAAUUGGCUGUCUAUGGGUUAGCAUCAAGGCCUAAAAAGACAUGGUCUCAAAUCAGCUGCACAUCAUACCAAAACUUUUUUUGUCCAUAACAAGACAUUGUAAACAUUGCCUUAUCCAUAAUCAUCUAGUAAAAUGUGAGACUGAUACCUGUGUGAUACAUGUUAUGCAAGUAAUCUUUGGUAUAUGCUUACAAUUCAAUUUUUCAUAACUUUAAAGAAAGGGUAACUUGGUAUACUGAUAAUGAAUAUAUUUUAUAGCCAUGAAAUACCCUUUCUGCUACCUGCCAGUAGUGUUUGCACCACCCAAGUUCAGGGUCAAAGGUUACAAAUCUUCGGUUGACACAGAGUUUAAAAAAGUAAAUGUGCCAA